AUGGAGCCCCACCUGCAGGUCUGGAUGCCAGAGCUCGAGGAAACAGAAGAAACGGGGGAGUCGGGGACGGCGAUCAGAGGGCUGGAAGCAUGCCCUCCGCGGAGACCUGGAGAACCCGGGCCUCUUCCGCCUUCAGAAGGCGGGAGAGCUUUGCGCUCUUCCAGUGCCGGCAAGGCUGGGCUCUCCGAUCCGCUGGCUGCUGAGCUGGCCGCCACUGCACUGCGGCGACUCUACCGAAGACGCUGGGAAGCGCAGGAGGGCGACUUCCGGGGGCCGCCGCCGGCCUCGGAGUGGCCGGUGGGCCCGGGGGCGGAGGCGUCCACGUGGGCCCUGGUGGCGGCGCUGCAGGCCGUGGAGAGCAAGGUGGACGCCGUCGCCGUGCGGCUGCUCAGCCUGGAGGGGCGCACCGGCGCCGUCGAGAAGAAGGUCUCCGAGUGCGAGCGGAGCGAGGUGGAGCUCGGCGCCCCGCCGGAGGGCAGGUGGGCCGCCCUGGGCACCCUCGUCCAGGGCUACGGGCAGCUGCAGCGGCGGCUGGAGAGCAUGGAGAACCUGCUGAAGAACCGCAACUUCUGGAUCCUCCGCUUCCCACCCGGCGCCGGUGGAGACGCUCCAAAGGUGCCGCCCGCCUCGGACGACAGCGCCAGCUUCUCCCAGGAGGAGUGGGAGAGACUGGAGGCCUGGCAGAAGCAGCUGCACGCGAGCGUGGCGAAGGGCGGCUACGAGCACUUGAUCUCCCUCGACUACGCAAUCGCCAAGCCAGAAAUCCUGUCCCAGAUCGAGCGAGGGGAACAUCCGUGCGCCCACGGCGAGCACGACAGCCCUGCAAGGGAGCACCCCGGGGAGCGCUGCCUGGGAGCCACCGCUUCCGCCUUCGAAAUGGCCUCGCAGAUCAAGCAAGAGAUGGACCCCUUCGGUGACAUGGAGGAGGAGGAGGAGGAGGAAGAGGAGGAGGAGGGGGACAGCCGGGCAGACGCUGGAGGGGAAACCAGCUCAGUUGACGGCUGGCUGCUGAACCCAAGAGCGGGUGGCUCCGGAGAGCCGGAGUGCCCCUGGACGUCCGCGGAGAGGACGGAGGAGGCCUUCCCGCCCGAGGAGAGCGGCUGCAGCAGUCCGGGGCCCGAGCAGGCUUUGGGGUUCCCCGCACCCACCACCCCCGGGAUUCCGGAGAGGGCGAGCCGGGCCGGGCCCGCCGGGGCUCCGCCGGAGCAGCCGUUCCUCUGCCACGACCGCGGGCGCUGCCCGGGCCGCGGGGAGCUCCUCGCCCGGCCCGGGCGCCCCCCCGCCGGCGAGCGGCCCUACGCCUGCCAGGAGUGCGGCAGGGCCUUCGUGCACCAGUCGACGCUGACCGCACACUACCGCACGCACACGGGCGAGAAGCCCCACGCCUGCGCCGAGUGCGAGAAGCGCUUCGCCCGCCUCUCCACCCUGCUGGAGCACCGGCGGACCCACACGGGCGAGAAGCCCUACGCCUGCGCCGAGUGCGGGAAGCGCUUCAGCCGGCUCUCCACCCUGGUGGAGCACCGGCGGACCCACACCGGCGAGAAGCCCUACCAGUGCGCCCGCUGCCACAAGAGCUUCACCCGCCUCGCCAACCUGACGGUGCACCAGCACACGCACGCCGGCGAGCACCUCUACGGCUGCACGCGCUGCGGGAAGCGGUUCCCGCAGAAGGCCGGCUUCCUCAGGCACCUGCGCGGCCACGCGCGGGAGCAGCUGUACCAGUGCCAGGCCUGCCCCGAGCGCUUCGCCUGCCCCUCCGGGCUGCUCCGGCACCAGAUGGGCCACCUGGGCGGGGGCCCCGAGAGCCUCGCACCCCCGGGGGCCCGGGCCGUGGAGCGCCCCUUCCCGUGCCCGGCCUGCGGCAAGGCCUUCCGCUCCCAGCAGGGCCUCCGGCUGCACCAGAGGAGCCACGCCGCUGGCAUGGGGGCCAACCGGACGCUGCCACGCGUGAAAACGGAGGACGUGGGGUGA